UUCUGGUGCUAAAUUUGACGUUAAAGUGUUAAGAAAUGUUCGUGUGUCGUUCACCGAUGUUCAAAUUGUUUAUUUUAUUGUUAGUCAUUGUUUUGAUUACGUACAGCGAUGCGAAACGCAAGAAGAACAAAAAGUUUGGUAAAAAUGCGUCGAAUAAGAUGAUUUUGAGGCAGAAAGAGACUAAUGCUGUUGAUUUUAUAAGAUUAGCAGUAAUGCGAUUAAUCUAUGGCAUUGCAUCGCGUUUCGGCUUGGGCGAGCAGAUAUCUGGCGCUCUCAACGGUGCAUUCGUCCCACCAGGAGUCGAUCCCGAAUACAGUGACUACGGCGAUGAUGAUGGUGGCUUCGGUCUGCUGGACCGCGACGAAGAUGACGAUUACGACUAUUAAACACAUGCGAAACACCAAUAACCAACAUAAACCUACUUAAAUCCACUUAUUACAUUAACUUAUUCUCUAAAUGUACAAAAAUGUUUACAAAAACACUUCCAAAGACUUG